AUGUCCCACGUGUCCCACGUGUCUCGCGCGCAGAGCGUGAGCGCGCUGGUGCGCGCGCGGCUGUGCGCGGCCGCGGAGGAGAUCUGCGCGCUCCUGGAGAGGACCGUAGCGGGGUACGAGCACGAACUGAGCCGCGUGAAGCUGCAGGAGCCACGAGGAACUCGAGACCGAGCCGCGAGGACACGAGCCGAGGAGGAGCCACGGACACGAGCCGAGGAGGAGCCGGAGCCGCGCGGCGCGGGUCGGUACCAAACGAACUCGAGUGUCCAGCUGAGAGUUAAACAAGAAGAACAGCUGCAGGAGCUCCACGUCGCUCUGGUCUGUGUCAAAAGUGAAGAAGAAGAUGAUGAUGAAGACAAGACCUUUGGACCGGACCAGGGACAGGACCAGGGACCAUCCAGCUGUUCAGACAGUGAGGAGCAGACUGAGUGCUCAGAGGACUGGACUCCACAGCCAAAGAAACCAAAGAGAAAGUCCUCAAAGGCCCCUCCAUCCUCAGGGGCCCCUCCUCCCUUCAGCUGUUCGGAGUGUGGGAAGUCGUUCAGGGGCCGGUGUGACCUGAAGCGACACAUGUCCGUGCACUCUCUGGAGCGUCCGUACAAAUGCUCGGUGUGUGAGAAAAGUUAUAAAGACAAGUGUAACCUGCGGAGCCACAUGAGGAUCCACACGGGAGAGAAACCUUACAGGUGCUCAGUCUGCGACGAGCGCUUCACCUGGAAGACUCUGCUCGACCUGCACCUGGCCCGACACAGCUCACCUUUCAGCUGUUCGGUGUGCGAGGAGACCUUCACCGUGCGCGCUCAUCUGAGAGCGCACGUGAGGACUCACACUGGAGACAGACCGUUCAGGUGCUCAGUCUGUAAAGUCAACUUCACCGAAAUGAGCGAACUGUCGACGCACAUGCUCAGUGCGCACACCGAGGACUACAGCUGAUCUGAGAGAACCACGGCUUGGUGGCACGGUGGCGGAGUGUUUAGCACUCAUUCCUCACAGCAAGAAGGUUCCGGGGUGGAUCCCCAGGUCGCCCGGGUCUUUCUGUGUGGAGUUUGUGUUUCUCUUCGUGUCUGGAUGAGUUUCCUCCGGUUUCUUCCAUCAACCCAAAAAAACCUGCUCCAGGUCUCACGUCAUACGAGACAAUGUGGGUGAAGUGUCUUGACUAAGGAUUCAGUCAUUGUGUCCUUAGGCAAGACACUUCACACACAUUGCCUCGUAUGAAAGUGGUGUGUGUGUGAGUGAUGGUGGUGGUUGGAGGGACCGAUGGCGCCAAUUGGCAGCCUCGCUUCUGUCAGUCUGCCCCAGGGCAGCUGUGGCUACAACAGUAGAUACCACCAGCAGGUGUAGAGUGAAGGAAUAAUAAAUGCUGAAUGUUAUGAUCUGUAAAGUGUCUUUGUGACAAAAAUGUCUGUGAAAAGUGCUAUAGAAAUGGGGAUUUACUUACGGCUCCACCAGGCUCCUCACCGCGACAAACAUCAGGAGAAACAUCAGGAGAAACAUCAGGAGAAACAUCAGGAGAAACAUCUCACCAGGAGAAACUCUGAUCAGACUCCAGAUUCACAUGUUUCAUCUUUUUUAUCAAAAUCCAUUGUUUGUCUUUUUUUUUUCUCUCUUUAGUUUUUUAAUUUAUUUUUUCUGCAUAAACAGCAGAUCUGGAAGAGAAUGUGUGUGUGUGUGUUUGUGUGUGUGUGUCUAUGUGUGUUGUGUGUGUGUGUGUUGUGUGUCUGUGUGUGUGUUUGUGUGUGUGUGUUUGUGUUUUUCAGGUUCAUGAUGUUGAUUUGAUUUUUUUUCUUCAGGGUCAAAAAUGUCGCAGGUGAAAAUCUGAUUCUGUUUUUUCACUUUCUGAAAAUAAAAAAGCUCUGAGUGAGACGAGAAACAACAGAACCUGGUUUAAAUCUCACAGGAGUCGGGUUUGUGGGAUU